AUGAAGGACAACGACGGCAUUGCUGCUGAACCUGAUAUCUUGUAUGCUGCUGACUCGAGCAUUACUGACCACCAAUCAUUUGGGACCAUGACAAUGUACUGGGAUCAGCGCAGUGCGCAGAUGGAUCUUGUGCAAUCUAAUGUGCAGUUGACCGAACUUCAGGCUAAAGAUCUUGAGCUGCUACAAAUUCAACAAGUUAGUCGCCAUGGAAGCAGAUUCCCAACAGAAGACACAAUGCAGCUGAUCGCUGAGUUGCUACAGAAACUGCAGGCAAAUUACGUACAUCUUCUCCCAGAGUGGAUGAAGCAGUAUGCAUUGCCUUAUAAUAUGUCAGUUGCUGGCGCCUUAUCAUCAACUGGAUUUGAUGAGCUUGCAGCUUUUGGGAAACGAAUUCGGAAUUCGGUAGGUUUAAAUUUUCCGAUCAAGUUUAACGAACGGCAAUUCUUUCUCGCACACACGUUUAAAAGCCGCACUGGUGACAGUGCGAAAGCGUUUGCCAGCACGUUUUUUGACAACCCCAGUGACGUUCGAUAUAUCGAGUAUGCAAAAGGAAAAGAUCCGCUUCUACGCUUCUACGACCUUUGCGACCGAUACCUUUAUGAAGUGAAGCAUAAUCCAAAUGCUUCAAAUGAGUUUGAAGCAUACAGACAGUCAAAUCAAAUGAACGCGAGCCUCACUCAUCUUAAGUCCCAGUUAAAUCUUGGUGACAAUGCGAAUCUAAACGCCAAAGACGUCAGCACAGCUUUCGCUGCUUGUGCCUUCGAUAUUAUGCUAUAUGGUAUCACGAGUCACUGGUGCUCUCUUAUGGACCAAACAUUUCUUGAUAGACUUGACUACGCGGAAGACCUUGAAGCAUUUUACGCACAGGGUGCUGGCCACAAGAUUAAUUAUGAAAUGUCCGCCGUCCUCCUUCAAGAUAUAUACUCCUUCAUGAAGAUGUUUAUUUCGGGUGAAACUAAUGUGGUCGGCAAUCUUCGUUUUGGCCAUGCAGAGACGACACUUCCCCUUAUGACACUGCUUGGCUUCAGCGAUCGCACGAAGCUCCUUGCGUCAUGGACAGAUGAUCAAAUCAAUGCACGAGGUUUUCGUACAUCAGCGCUAUCUCCCACCGCCUCAAACAUUGAUUUUCGUUUAUAUCGUGGUAACAAAGACCACAGGUAUUAUGUGUCAGUAUGGAUCCAAGAAAUUGAAGCUCCUCUUCCCGGUUGUGAUGGAGAAGUUUAUUGUGAAUUUUCUAAAGUCGAAAAGCUAUGGAAGCAUUAUCUCAAUAAUUACAAGUUUCAGACGGAGUGUGCCUUAACUGGUAGCUUGCACUAA